UCCAAGUAAGAAUGGGAUUGCUAGAGGAUGGUGCAGAGAGAACAAUUAUUUUUUAUAUCAUAAGAAUUAUUGCCUGUCCAGCUAGCUGUUAGCAAAAUAAAUAGAUUUCUGGCAAGCAGUGCAUUGAUCGUAUUAACUCCUAAGAGCUGCUUUAAGACGAUUAAGGUACUGAUUCUUUAUUCUAUUAAUAGGUAGGGAGGUAAAACCCAGCAGGAAGGUUAUUCACAUCAGCAAUUCAAAUUAUAGCAGCAAAAGAGAUGUGUCUCACUUGAUUGUGAAGGGGGAACCACAUGAAGAAUGACAGAAGGCUCUUUCAGAUGGUAUGAAGCCCCUGAUGAUGUGGGAAACUUGUGACUUUUCAUUCUGGAUGUGGAGAUGGCUUCCAGUGCUGAAAGUGAUGCAUGAUCUUUACUGAUCUUAAGGAAAUUGAUAUUUUAACACAAUGACCCGCUUGUAGUCAUGGCUACCCUUUUUCUCAACAAGACCCUGAUAGUGAACAACAAGGAUAAUGAUGAGUUAGAACUGGAACGCGAGCUCAUCCGAGCACUGGAGAACAAGGUGAUGCUCCUCUACUUUGGCUCCAGUGAAUGUCCUGAAUGCAAAGAGUUUGCGCCCAUCCUGAAAGAAUUCUUUGUGAAACUCACGGAUGAAUUUUAUGUGGAGAGGGCAUCCCAGCUGGUCCUGGUCUAUGUGUCACUGGAUGAGACAGAGGAGAAGCAAAACAAGUUUUUGAAGACCAUGCCCAAGCGAUGGUUGUUUUUACCCUUCCAGGAUGAGUUUAAGAGGGAGCUGGAAUUGAGAUUUUCUGUGAAGGACCUCCCAGUAGUUGUGGUGUUGAAGCCAAACGGAGAGGUCAUUGUUGCCAAUGCUGUGGAGGAGAUCAAGCAGACUGGCCCAGCUUGCUUCAAGAACUGGCAGGAGGCAGCUGACCUGGUGGAGAGGAACUUCCUCUUGGCACAGGAUUUCGACAAUGUGGCUUUGAGGAGCGUCACUGAUCCCAUCUGUCGGUUCAAAUACAAGCUGGCAAAGAAAAAGAGGAAGAAGAGAAACAAAGAUGAUGAUGGGGGUGCCUCCCCUUAAUAGGGCAGGCCUUCCUUUUGAAGCUCCAUGUAGGUGAACUUGGCUGUUUCCUAGCCCAUGAGCAGCACCCUGUGUCUCAUGCACAUCUGCUGUACCACCCACAAAUUGUUUCUGAGCACACGUCUUUGGAAAUUCUAAGUUCUUUGCUUUCAUAGCGUUUUUAAAAGCUUGUUUCCGUCCCAGAUGAUUAUGAAGAUAGUCUUGCAAGUGUGUAGGCCAUGCCUAGUGAAAUCACAGGAUGAGUUCUUUGGUGGUGUCGAGGUACACUGUCAGUGCUGUGCUUCGCACUUUGCUGCCUCCCCAGAAAAGCC